AAGUUAAGAUUGUAGUAAGAUGCAGAAUGCCGAUUUUCAAACUUCUAUUUGGGGUUAUUUCCUGCGUAAGUCUCAGCAUGGGUCAAGUUGAGGAUAAACAACCGCGCUUUGCAAGAUCUGUAGUGAAUAUGGAUGACCUGCUGCAUAUGGAAGACGAUCUGCUCUCCAACUUGGAGGGGUUCACGGAAAAGCUGUCACAGAAAGCAAAAACCAUCAGAAUGGGGAUUCAACAGAUGAAGGAGCAGCUUGAAAAGAACAAAAUGCAGAAAUCCUUCGAGUCUUGGGACUUAUUAAGGAGUUACUCCAUAAUUCGUCACAUGCAGGCGGAUUGGUUGAUGUGGAAAAAAUACUUGGAAACACCCGUGAUACUUGAUCGAUUGAAUUAUAAUGAGUCAGAAAAAUUAAAGAUGCCAAAGGAACUUGACUUGUUGGAUGCUGCUGAAUCAAUUAGACGAAUGCAAGCUACCUACAGAAUGAUAUCCAAUGAUAUUGCCAAUGGUUUUCUAUACGGAGUUCAGUAUGAUUCAACACUGGCACCCAUUGAUUGCCUUGCAAUGGCUCAUCACUUGAUGAAUCAAUCGCGGUGGACGAUUGCCGAACAAUGGAUUCUGGCGGGAAUUGAAGCCCAGGAUCGGAAAGGUCCUCGAACAGAGAUGAUGUUACUCAGGGGACCAUCAAAAUCAGAACUGUAUAGAACACUAGGUAAAGUGCGGAUCGAAAGGAGAAAUGCAGGAGGAGCCUUGCAAGCUUUUAGAGCUGCACUCCAGAGUUCGCCCCAUGAUCCGGAAAUAUUCCAAGAGUAUCAAAACUUGAAGAGGAGACUUCUUACGCUAUCAUCAAGCGAACCGAUCAGAGAGGAACCCGUUGAUGACAUCGAUGAAAUGGAGCUGCCGCCCUGUUGCAGUGGCUGUUGUGAAGGGCCCCGGAAACUGAAAAGACUAUAUUGUGUGUACAAUGGUGUAACUGCUCCUUUUCUCCGCUUGGCCCCCAUCAAAACGGAGAUUCUCUCGAUUGACCCCUUCAUAGUCCUUCUACACGACAUGGUCUCCGUAGAGGAGGGUGCUCUACUAAGAACUUUCAGUAAGAAUAUGAUCUCUCCUUCCGAAACAGCAGAGUUGUCUGAUUCGGAAGAAAAGAGCAUAUUCGAGUUUGAAGUCGGCAGCUUCCGCACUUCAAAGUCAGUUUGGUUGGAUAACGAUGCCAAUGAGGCGACCUUAAAGCUCACUCAACGUUUGGGUGAUGCAACUGGCUUGGAUAUAAGUCACUCAGAGCCCUUUCAGGUCAUCAACUAUGGAAUCGGAGGCAUCUUUGAAAGCCAUUUCGACACGUCGCUUCAGGACGAGAAUCGAUUCCUUGACGGAUAUAUGGACCGACUUGCUACCACACUUUUCUAUCUAAAUGAUGUGCCACAAGGCGGAGCCACCCAUUUCCCAGGUCUAAACAUCACUGUGUUUCCCAAGUUCGGAACUGCUCUCUUCUGGUACAAUCUGGACACGAAGGGCUUGUUGCGACUCCGAACAAUGCACACCGGCUGUCCUGUCAUUGUGGGCUCCAAAUGGGUUGUCAGCAAGUGGAUAGACGAUAAGGGGCAAGAGUUUAGGAGGCCCUGCCUAAGAUCGCGCCAAGACUCAAAAUAUUUGCCUUCCAUAGAAAAGAUUAUUAUCUAGCCUUUGCUAUUAAUAAUUAAUAAGUAUUUGGAGAAAUCAUAUAUGUACGGUAAAGAAACAUUAAAGUUUCUAGACUUUUAA